AGUAUUCUUGGAGAUUCAAUACAUAAAAACCCCAAUUCACACAAACAACAGAGUCACAUACACCUGAGUUUCUGCCUCUGAGUAACCUCAAUUUUCUUUUCUCACACUUCAAUUCACGCAGGAAUACACGUGCAAAAAUGGUGGGAGAAGAGAAACGGCAUCAGAUGAUGCAGAAUUUGUUCGGGGACCAAUCGGAAGAAGAAGAUGAGGAGGAGGAGGUCGAAUCCGAGCACGAGUCCAAUCGUCAACCUGACUAUGCCUCCGAUGAAGGGGAUGGAGGACCAGAACAUGAAGUUGAAGUUGAAGGUGAAGGUGAAGUUGAAGGUCAAGGAGAGGCAGAAAUUGAGAGUGAAGGUGAACCUCGGGAUCUUGAUCCUUUACAUGGAGAGAGCGAGGGUGAGCGAGAGAAAAGUUCUCAAGAAGUUGAAAUAGGUGAUCAAAGGGAAGAAAGUGAAGAAAGGUACUCGGAGAGUGAUGAAAAGGAGGAAUACGGCCAACGAGUUGUAACAAGUAGAAGGCGUAAUGAAGUUGAUAGUGGAUCAGAAAGAUCUGGGGAGAACCGCUAUGUUGCUAAUGAGGAUGACGAAGUGAAUCAGGCUAGGAGUCCUAGUAGGUCAAUUGGUGAGGAGAAAGAAGAGGAUCAAUUUUUGCAAUCAGCUCCAGAGAUUCGUGAUGUUUUUGGAGACUCUGAUGAUGAAGAACAAGCAGAGUACGAAGUUCAGAACCAGAUUGAAGACGAAAAUAGAUCACCAAUGGACGAAGAGGGAAAUUAUGAGAAAGAAUUGAGGCCGGAAGAUAUGAUACCGGACGAAGAUGCACCAUAUGACUCUGAAGAAGAGCGCAUUGAGGCUAAAAUUAAAGAAAAACCGGUUGGCCCCCCACUGGAGUUGGAAAUUCCUCUGUGUCCUCCUCCAGCUGAAUCAGACAAGAUGAAUAUGAUCAAAGUUUCUAAUAUAAUGGGUGUAGAUCCUAAACCCUUUGAUCCCCACACAUAUGUGGAAGAGGAUUUUUACGUAACCGAUGAAUCUGGAUCGAAAAAAAGGAUACGACUGGAGAACAAUGUUGUUCGUUGGAGGAGGGUCAAAAAGCCUGAUGGCACAACAUCAAUUGAAAGCAAUGCUCGCUUUGUGGAAUGGUCGGAUGGCAGCCAACAGUUACUCAUCGGGAAUGAAGUUCUUGAUAUAUCGAAGCAAGACGCACAACAUGAACAGGCCCACCUUUUCCUUAGACAUGGAAAAGGCAUUCUGCAGUCUCAGGGGCGAAUUUUAACAAAGAUGAGGUUUAUGCCUUCAUCCUUAGCAUCGAAUUCGCAUCGCUUAUUGACUGCUCUCGUCGAUUCCCGACACAAAAAGGUGUAUAAAGUCAAGAACUGUAUCACUGACAUCGACCCUGAGAGGGAGAAGGAGCAAAAAGAAAAGGCUGUUAAUCAAUCAAUUAAGGCUAAUGAACUUCUUAGCCGGAGAAAGGAGAAGGUAAAUCGGAAAUAUACACAACCCAUCCGCCGGGAGCGUCAACUCUCUCCUGGUUUCCUAGAGGAUGCACUUGAGGAGGAGGAUGAACCAGAUUAUUAUGAAUCUCGACGUUCUGCUGUCCGCCGACGCUUUGAGGAAGACCUCGAAUUGGAAGCUCGAGCUGAAAAGCGCAUAAUUAAUGCAAAGAAGGGUCCAAAGGAUAUCCCUCGGAAGUCAGCACUGCCAGCUGCUAAAUCAUCUCGGCGGCCUGUGGACUUCUCUGAAAGUGAGAAGGAGGAGUCUGAGUAUGAAACUGAAGGGGACGAAGGUGAGGGUUCUCCACCACACAGAAGGGAUGAGGAAGCAGAGGAAGAUUAUGCAGAAGAAGAUGAAGAGCAUGAACAAAGAGAGGAAGAAGAGACUUAUGAUGAAUCAGAAGAAGAAGCCGAGGAACCAAAGCACAAGGGUAGGGGUUCAGGAGGAAGCCAAAAAAGGAAGGACAUUGAGUCAGAUGAGGACUCUCCUCCGAGGAAAACUACAACUCAUCGGCGAAUGAAAAUGGUUUAUGAGAGUGAUGAUGAGUAAAGCAGGAUAAGCUGCACAAGACAGAAAAUCAGCCUAGGUGGUGUAUUAACAGCGAAUUGGGUGACCUCUUCCAGAGUACUUGUGCAAGCACAGGCAGCAAGAUCCUCCGUCCACGCAUAUUUGCUGGGCACAGUGUCAUCCUCGUACAUUUUAUUGUCCUUGUUAGCUUGUCAUCAAUUUUUUCAUGUUAAACUUUAAGCACUUUCAACUGGGCGGAACUUUUUUUGCGUUUCACAUAUUUAUUUGUAAAUGAGGAUUGUGGAAAGACUACAUAAAGUUUUUCGUACUUAAGUUUCAUAAACAUUCUGCUGUGAUCUAGGCCUGGCAUGUUUCUUUCUUUCUGUUCA